AUGGUGUACUUUUUCUUUUUUUUUUCAUUUCUCUCUCUCUCUCUCGUCAGGUUCUCUCUCUCUUGUUAUGACUCUCUCUCUCUCUCCCUUGUCAUGUCUCUCUCUCUCAUAUCUCUCAGUCUGUCUCUCCCUCUCUCUCUUGUAAGGUCUGUCUCUCUCUUUCUCAUGUCUCUCUGUCUCCCUCUCUCUCUCAUGUCUCUCUCUGCUAUCUUCUCUCUCUCUCUCUCUCUCUUGCCACUUUUGUUCAUCUCUCUAUUACCCUUAUCUAUCUAUCUAUCUAUCUAUCUAUCUAUCUAUCUAUCUAUCUAUCUAUCUAUCUGUUUUCCUACGUUAUGUUCUUUCUUUCUUUCUUUCUUUCUUUCUUUCUUUCUUUCUUUCUUUCUAAUUAUUUCUUUCUUUCUUUCUUUCUUUCUUUCUUUCUUUCUAGUUCCUAGGUUCUUUCUUUCUUUCUUUCUUUCUAGUUCCUACAUUCUUUUUCUUUUUUCUUUCUUUCUUUCUUUCUUUCUUUCUUUCUUUCUUUUCCUAGGUUCUUUUCUUUCUUUUCUUUCUUUCUUUCUUUCUUUCUUUCUUUCUAGUUCGUACUUCCUAGAUUAUUUCUUUCUUUCUUUCUUUCUUUCUUUCUUUCUUUCUUUCUUUCUUUCUAGUUCUUUCUUUCUUUCUUUCUUUCUAGUUCCUACGUUAUGUUCUUCCUUUCUUUUUUCUUUCUUUCUAGUUCCUAGAUUAUUUCUUUCUUUCUUUCUUUCUUUCUUUCUUUCUUUCUUUCUUUCUUUCUUUCUAGUUCCUAGUUUCUUUCUUUCUUUCUUUCUUUCUUUCUUUCUAGUUCUUUCUUUCUUUCUUUCUUUCUUUCUUUCUUUCUUUCUUUCUUUCUUUCUUUCUUUCUUUCUAGUUCCUACGUUAUGUUCUUCCUUUCUUUUUUCUUUCUUUCUAGUUCCUCGAUUCUUUCUUUCUUUCUUUCUUUCUUUCUUUUCUAAUUAUUUCUUUCUUUCUUUCUUUCUAGUUCAUAGGUUCUUUCUUUCUUUCUUUCUUUCUUUCUUUCUAGUUCCUACGUUAUGUUCUUCCUUUCUUUUUUCUUUCUUUCUAGUUCCUAGAUUCUUUCUUUCUUUCUUUCUUUCUUUCUUUCUUUCUUUCUUUCUAUUCCUUUCUUUCUUAUUUCUUUCUUUCUUUUCUUUCUUUUCUUUCUUUCUUUUUUUCUUUCUUUCUUUCUUUCUAUUCCUAGUUUCUUUUCUUUCUUUCUUUCUUUCUUUCUUUCUUUCUAGUUCCUACGUUAUGUUCUUCCUUUCUUUUUCUUUCUUUCUAGUUCUUUCUUUCUUUCUUUCUUUCUUUCUUUCUUUCUUUCUUCCUAGUUCCCAUGUUCUUCCUUUCUUUUUUUUUUUCUUUCUAGUUCCUCGAUUCUUUCUUUCUUUCUUUCUUUCUUUUCUUUUUUCUUUCUUUCUUUCUUUCUUUCUAGUUCUUUCUUCUUUCUUUCUUUCUUUCUUUCUUUCUUUCUUUCUAUUCCUAGAUUAUUUCUUUCUUUCUUUCUUUCCAGUUCCUAGGUUCUUUCUUUCUUUCUUUCUUUCUUUCUUUCUAUUCCUACGUUAUGUUCUUCCUUUCUUUUUUCUUUCUUUCAACUUCCUAGAUUCUUUCCUUCUUUCUUUCUUUCUUUCUUUCUUUCUUUCUAGUUCCUACUUCCUAGAUUCUUUCUUUCUUUCUUUCUUUAAACUAGUUCCUCUCUUCGCUCAUGCGUUUUGUUUUCUUCACGAUCUCUUUUAUUUCUUUGUUCCGUUCUUUCUUUCUUUCUUUCUUUCCAUGAUUUCGUUUAAUUCCAUCCCUUUUAUCCCCUUUUCUUUCUUUCUUUCUUUCUUUCAUGCUUCCUUUCUUCAUUUCUUUAUUUCGUUCAAGCUUCCUUCAUUUCUUUCUUUCUUACUUUUUUUUCUUUCUGUCUUAAGGCAAUUAAACUAUUAA